AUGGGUGUAAAGGUUGUAAGUAUAGUUGUGGGAGAUAACUACAUGCACUUAUUCUAUGAAGAGGAGGCAGCAUUCUGCAUUGAUGCAUGUAAUCCAAAGGUGCUUCUAAAGGCUCUAGGCAUCAACUUUAAAAAGAAGAUUUAUAGUGAAAAAGAGAUUCUUAGCAUGCCUGAAGAUAUGACAAAGAAGAGAAGGCUUGUUUAUCUGUUCACCACACAUAAGCAUCAAGACCAUUCUUGUGGAAUUCCAUACAUAAUGGAGAACAGUCCGGACACUCAAAGAAUAUCUGGAUUUGAGGGUAAUAUAUGCAAAUGUGGGGACAAGUUCCACUUCAGAGAGGUUGAAAUAGAAUGCUUGUAUACACCUUGUCACACAAUGGAUAGCUUUUGUUACUAUGUUGAUGGAAGAUUCCUUGCUACAGGUGACACAUUGUUCUUCCUUGGGUGUGGAAAGUUUUUUGAGGGAACACCUGAGCAAAUGAUCGAGGCCAUCAUGAAAAUAAGAGGAAGAGUGAAUAAUGAGGCCGUUUUAUUGUAUGGACACGACUAUAACGAGCAAAACAUUCGAUUUACUGAGGAGCUCUAUCCUGUUCCGCUGGAGAUAAAGGAGACGAAAUUCUUAAGACUUAAAGACGAGAUGGAAUACAACCCAUUCUUUAACCUAAGGAGGAUAUUUACUAAAGGAUCAGAAGAAGAGAUGAUGGGUAAUCUUCGCGAGAGAAAGAAUAGGUUCAAUAGGACAUGA